CAUGACGUGGUCAGGAAGCGCUCUCCAGCCAAAACAGCUGGUUGAGUUUAGCUUAGCUGUAACUCUUUGAAGUUUUUAUUUUUCUGAAUAUAUGUAAUUUAUUCAGAACAGAAGUCGUUUGCGCUUUUGGAGACGAUCAUUCACUGCCUUUAGCUUAACUUUUCAUGGGCUGAAUGGAGGUUAACUGAUUUGGACAUACUCAACAGAGACCAAAACACAACGUUUGUUCCCUGAGGUCCAGCAUUAAAAUGUCGCCUGUUCACGCUGCCUGUGCUUUGCUAUUUGCUGCACCCCUGCUGGUGCUCAGUGUUCCUCCUAUUUGGACCCAGCCAGAACAGGUGCACCUCUCCUAUGGAGGAAUGCCAGGCACUAUGGUAGUGACCUGGACAACCUUCAAUGACACAGAGAGCAAGGUGGAGUAUAGCCUUCUGGGGGCUCGGCUCUUUGAGAUGAGCGCCAUAGGACACGCGACUCUGUUUGUUGACUCGGGAACGGAAAAGAGGAAGAUGUUCAUUCACAGGGUCACACUCAGAGGCCUCAAGCCGGCAGCUUCGUAUGUCUACCACUGUGGCAGUGAAGAAGGCUGGAGCGACGUGUUCUUCUUCACUGCUCUUAAUGACAGCACUACGUCCAGUCCCAGGUUUGCUUUGUAUGGUGACCUCGGCAAUGAGAACCCCCAGUCUCUGGCUCGACUGCAAAAGGAAACUCAGCUCGGAACGUACGAUGUCAUCUUACACAUAGGAGACUUUGCCUAUGACAUGCAUGAGGAUAAUGCCAGGAUUGGGGACGAGUUCAUGAGGCAGAUCGAGUCCAUAGCUGCCUACGUGCCCUACAUGACCUGUCCCGGCAACCAUGAAGCUACAUACAACUUCUCCAACUACAGGAAUCGCUUCAGCAUGCCAGGCCAGACCGAGAGCCUGUGGUACAGCUGGAACCUGGGCUCAGCGCACAUAAUCUCCAUUUCCACCGAGGUUUACUUCUAUCUUGACUUUGGCCAGGACCUCCUCUUCAAGCAGUACGACUGGCUGGAGAAAGACCUGGAGGAGGCCAACAAGCCCGAGAACAGAGCAGUGCGUCCUUGGAUCAUAACCAUGGGGCACCGGCCCAUGUACUGCUCUGAUGAUGACCAGGAUGACUGUACUAAGUUUGAGUCCUAUGUCCGUCUGGGAAGGAAUGACACAAAACCACCGGCUCCAGGUCUUGAGGAUCUAUUUUACCGUUAUGGAGUGGAUGUGGAGUUGUGGGCACAUGAGCACACGUAUGAGAGGCUGUGGCCUGUGUAUGGUGAUAAGGUAUUCAAUGGCAGCAGAGAACAGCCUUACGUGAACCCCAAAGCUCCAGUCCACAUUAUCACAGGCUCUGCUGGCUGCAGAGAGAAGACUGACAAGUUCAAUCCAAACCCCAAAGAGUGGAGUGCUUUCCGCAGCAGAGACUACGGCUACAGCCGUAUGCAGGUGGUCAAUGGAACCCACCUGUACUUGGAGCAGGUGUCUGAUGACCAGAAUGGGAAGGUGAUUGACAGCAUAUGGGUGGUGAAAGAAAAACACGGCUUCUCUGCCUGGGUAUGAAGACUGUCUUUCUUAAAGCAAAUGCACUUUGAGCCCAAAACAAGUACUUUUUGCCUCCAAACCAAUUAUGCAGUGAUCAUAAAACUUAUUCCUGCUCAUUUGAUUUCACUGAGCCUUGUGCAAUUUUAAAAACACCUACCGUACUUUUUGGACUAUAAGGCACACUUAAA